GCCGACAGCCUUCAUGAGACACCUCGGAUUUUGGAACCCGCAUCCGGCCGCGGCACUUCUGUUUUUAUACAAAACAACAACGAUCUGUCAUUUUGCUUUAUUUGCUUGAUAUCGCUCUCUUGUCCUUUUUUGUUGCAGAUCGACCUUGAAUUUCUGACAAUAGCUCCAGGCCAUGGACGAGUACUCGGGCGGAACACCGGAAGCUGACCAUCUCUGCGUCUUGGUCCACGGGCUAUGGGGGAACCCAAACCACAUGAAAAACGUCGCCAAAGCCCUUCGCGAUCAAUUUCCCCCAAAUAAGCUGCGUAUCCUCGUCGCAAAGCGCAACAGCGGCUCCUUUACCUACGAUGGGAUCGAACUCGGUGGCGAGCGCGUGUGUUUGGAGAUCGAGGAGGAGCUGGCGUUGAUCAAGAGCAAGGGUGGAACUAUCAAGAAGAUAAGCAUCGCUGGCUACUCAUUAGGUGGACUUGUCGCAAGAUAUGCCAUCGGGCUGCUUCAUGCGCGGGGUGUUCUGGAUGACCUCGAGUGCAAGAAUUUCACAGCUUUCGCGAGCCCUUUCCUGGGAGUACGAGCCCCUUUGAGAGGUUGGUCAGACAGGAUAUGGAACAGCCUGGGCGCACGAACACUCUGCAUGUCUGGGAGGCAACUCUUUGGCAUUGACGAAUUCCGUGACACGGGCAAGCCUCUUGUUGCUGUUCUCGCAGAUCCAAAGUCGAUCUUCAUGGCCGGUCUGGCCCGAUUUCAACGACGCACGCUCUACACCAACAUUGUAAAUGACAGAAGCGCCGUUCAUUACACGACGGGGAUCACGAAAACGGAUCCAUAUGUGGACAUGUCAAAAAUCAAGACCAACCCUUUACCAGGCUACGACGGUGUCAUUCUCGAUCCAAAGAACCCAGUGUCCCCCGCCGCGCCCAGAGACCCAGAACCGCUGAUGCAAUCAGUCGAGAAGUGGGCAAAGCGAGUCCCAAUCAUCGCGACAAUAGUCGUCUUCGUCCCCGUUGCGCUCCUAGCUUUCUUCACCAACGCCGCCAUCCAAACAGUCCGCUCGUCUCAGCGUGUAAAACUCCACGAGAGUGGAAUGGCUGGUAUCAAAAUAGAAGGCUACAGAGUCAACCUCUGGAUCAAGGAAAUGCGCGAAGCUGUCGAGGACACCUACGAGAACAUCAAUAACUCGCAAACUCAACAAUACUUGGGACUGUCGGAGGAUGACGAUGACAACAGCUCGGAAGAUAGGCACCUGCUUUCGCUGGAGAGGAAACAGUCGCACCCGCAUUUCCCUACGUUGGCGCUGGCACCGUAUCAGUUUUCUGCUAUUCAGGCGUUGGAUAAGCUUGGGUGGAGAAAGUAUCCGGUUUGGAUACACAAUGCGAGGCAUAGUCAUGCGGCGAUCAUUGUGAGGAUGGAUAAGAAGGGGUUUGAGGAGGGGUGGGUUGUUUUGAGGCAUUGGGCGAGGGAUGAAUUUUUGGCUUGAGUAGAGAAUACCCAGGUGGAAUUUUGAAUUGGUUUUUUUGUUUGGGAUAUUUAAUGGUAUAGAGAGCGGGAGUUUGAGAGGUAGUAUUGUUUUAGCGAUGCUUGGAGAAGGGUUGGAUAUAUAUUACUUCGAGAUUCUUUUGUUGGGUAUGUUUUUUAUUGUCUCAUACCCAUCAGUAGAAACAUGCUUCUGUUUUCUUGCAUGCAAGCCUCUCAGCAAUGAUCGGGG